CUCGAUCCGUUGGUUGGUGUGGUGAUAUGCAUAGGUGUUGGCCUGCGCCACCCCAGCAGCUUCACGCAUCCCAUUCCAUUCCAUUCACGCGGCCGCCUCGGGUCGGGCCUCGGCCAGUCAGUUCCACUCCCACAGAGAGUCGGUCAUCACUUAUCCGCUUGCUAGCUAGGCAAGGCAAUCAACCCUCACCCACCCAUGGCCAUGGCGACGCAGGGGCUGGCCGACCAGGCGGACCAGCAGCACGGGCGCUCGGAGUCGGAGCCCACCAACACCACCAGCCACCACGGCGCCGCCGCCACCAGCAUCGCCACCAACCGCUGGGGCCCCUACUCCGGCGCUGGAGACUUCGCCAGCAACAUGGCCGUCAUCCUAGCCGCCCUACUAGCCGCGCUCGCGCUCGGCCUCGCGCUCAACGCCGCCGUGCGCUACCUGCUCCGCCGCGCCCGCCGCGCCGGCUCUGGUGGUAGUAACCGUCAGGGCAACAUCAGCAUCAGCAUCAGCAGCGCCGUGGAGGAGGACCCGGAGAAGCCCCCACCGCCGCCCGCCCUGGUGUACUCCGCGGCGGGCACCAAGCUGGCGGGCGCCGCGCCGGAGUGCGCCAUCUGCCUCGCCGAGUUCGCCGACGGGGACGCCGUCCGCGUCAUGCCCGCCUGCCGCCACGGCUUCCACGCCCGAUGCAUCGAGCGCUGGCUCGCGGGGGGGCGCCGCUCGUCCUGCCCGACAUGCCGCGCGCCGGCCGCCGCCGGAGCUGCUGCAGCCGCAGCGCAGCCUGCAGAUGAGUCCGCCACGCCCACGCCCACGCCCACGCCAUCGUCGUCGUCGUCCUGAGAAUUACGCUUCCGGCUUGCCUUAAUCUGUCGGCCGGCCAAUACUUUGGUUGGUGAUUGGCAAUGGUUUUCUUCUGGGUUCUUGGCAACUGCUUUUCUUUUUGCUCUCUCCUUUUUGCAUGUGUAAAUAGUAUUUUUAGUUCUUAAUCUGGCGGUCCAGCCGGCCAGUUAAUUACUCUAAAUAAAUACUACUCCUGUUAUUUAGUGAAGCAUAUAUGCAUGGCAAUAUGGCAUGGCGCAGGCCGAUCGAUGUAAUUACUAAUUACUACGUGGUAGCUAGUAAUACAGUUAACCGCUCUAGUAAUUAAACUCCUCAGCUGAUGAAUGAUGAAGUG